GCUCCCCUCCGCCACAGCGUCGUGCAUUAGAAGGAGGAGGAGAAAUGGGGGGGAACUCAAAGCACACUCGCCGAUAAGGUUUCUUUUUUUUUCUCCCCCUAAUCUCUCCUCUUGGUCCUGCGGCUGGAAGAAGAAGAAGGAAAAGAAGAAGAAGAAGGAGUCGAUCGGGAUGCUGAGGUAGCGCGGGAUGCUGUGGAGUGGAGACGCCGUGGGAGGAAGUCUCAGAGAGAAAAACGAAUGGCUUCCCCGAAGCUGCCUCCCGCAAAGGAGGCGGGCAGGCAGUCCGAGCUGAACCCAGAAGCAGUCGACCGGGUUUCCGGCGCGCAGCACGCCCGGAAGUCGGCCGGAUCGACAGGAGAGAGUAUCCCCGGCCGGUGCCUUUCAGCACCGCGGACAGCGCAGCGCAGGGCGGGAGCGGAGGGAAAGCUCUGCCCUCCCCCCGGCGGCGAGGAGAAGCUCCGGGUGUGCUGCGACGAGGAGCUGGAGACCUCCUUCACCUUCAUCGACGAGAACGUCAACUUGCGACUGGCCAGCCCGGAGACCGGCUGCAAAACCUCGCACAGGCCCGUCCGCAACGGCGAGCCCUGCUCCGACACCCAGCCGGAGCUCUCCUUCAUGUCCGAGGACGACCUCUCGUUCGGCGAAGGCUCCGGGAGCUCCGUGGACUACGGCUUCAUCAGCGCGGUCACGUUCCUGGUGACCGGGAUCUCCCUGGUGAUCAUCUCCUACGCUGUGCCGCGGGACGUGGAGGUGGACCGCGACAGCGUGUCGGCGCGGGAGAUGGAGCGGCUGGAGAUGGAGAGCGCGCGGAUAGGCGCCCACCUGGACCGCUGCGUGAUCGCGGGACUCUGCCUGCUGACGCUGGGCGGCGUCGUGCUCUCCACGCUGCUCAUGAUCUCCAUGUGGAAGGGGGAGAUGUACAGGAGGAAGCUGGUGGCCUACUCCAAGCGCUCGGCCAAACUGUACGGCUCCAUCAGCCUGAAGACCCGAUCCAGCCCCAGCCACUCGUCUGCCCGCUUGUCCCUGGAGGAGGAGAUGGUGGAGACUUUGGCUUAAGCCACCGCCCUGCAUAGAAACGUCUGUUUGUUUUUGAACAAGAAUUGACGUUUCAUAUCUGCUGAACUAACUAUUACAUGCAAGACCCUCCGAUGGUAGGGAAUGGGCUGAAUGCAGGUCCUAGAUGUGUUGUAGUUUGAACCCAAUGGUAUCAGUGAUGAGUCCCCACGAUGGUAUCUCCACUGAUACCAAGUCAGCCUGAGCAAAAUGAACCUGGUCCACAUGGAUGAUGGCUGGAGAAUUGCCACGGCUGACAUGUACUUUUCUGCCAAUUUUUUGGGGCCUAUAUGGGAUCCAUAUUUAAUAGCGACCAUAGACUAAGCUGUGGAUCAGGGUUUCCAUGCCAACAGGGGCCAUCCUUAGAGCACCAGACCGACCCAUUUGGUGAAUUACCCCCAGUCAGACACAGGUAUGUGGGCCAAUCCCGGGCUGGAUGGGCGCGAAGUAUGCAUGGCUUCUUCUGGAGGAAGAAGAUAAUCGAUGUCAGCCAAACAACUCUCAUUAAGAAAAAAAAAAAAAGAAUUUGACUUUUAUUAUCGAGUUUUUAAACAAGAAGUCAAUUUCCAGACAACAUUUAGCUACUUUGUCUCCAGAGUUGAUCUACUGUAUAGGUAAUGAAGAUGCAUCCACUGUGUCAACCAGGGACUGUCCCAAUACAAGCCAUUUUGUCAGCCCAUUUCCUGCCUAUAGGGUCCCGUAUGUAAAGUGAGUGAACCAGCCUCAACGGACACUUGAGGCUGGCUGCUUACUAAGGAUUAUAAGCAUCAGCCAUGUGCUGUAAUGUUUGAACAUUGAGUACAACCAGCUCAUAAUGACAAGAGAUUUUAUCAGUUUUUUUUUUUUUAAAAGACAACGAAUUCCCAUUUUUUCCCAAAAACUAAAUUGGUCUAACAAAUAAAUUUUUUUAAAAGAAUGUCUGCUCUGUUUAGGUAAAUCUGCUUCAGAUUUCAUUUGUCUGCAUAUUUUUAUGCUUCAUCUUUUUUUUUUU